UUCGUCAUUUGACCACCAAGUGCACUUGAUUGAGCCCGUCAAGUCAAUAAGUCUAGACAGGUUUGCUCCCGAAACCAGUUUCUCCGCUACCAGCCAUCGUUUCUCGUCCAGAGAAUCAACACCGUCGCGUGAACUAAGAGAGGUAGCAAAGAUUACCGGGAUCAGAGUGCUUGAAGAAACAAUUCGGCGAAAUGGGGGAGAGGGCAGCAGCUGCUUCGUUAAAGUUUGUAACGGUACAGGCGAACUCGGCAAGCCUCGCAGAGGCGAGGGCUCGGGUGUUCGAAUUCUUCAAAACCACCUGCCGAUCCAUCCCUACCGUCAUGGAAAUCUACAAUCUCCAGGACGUCGUCAACGAAUCCCAGCUCCGUUCCGCCGUCUCCUCCGAGAUCCGCAGGCACGCUCACAUCACCAAUCCCAAGGUGAUCGACAUGCUGCUUCAGAAGGGGACAGAAGAGUUGCACAACAUUGUGCAGCACUCAAAGCAGCGGCACCACAUUAUUGGGCAAUAUGUAGUGGGCCAGCGAGGACUGGUGCAUGAUUUGGGAACUAAGGAUGAAGGGACUUCCGAUUUUCUCAAGAACUUCUACAAAAGCAACUACUUCUAAGUGUUCAGAAAAUAAAGGAGUUGCUUAUCAUUUUGAGUCUUGUUUUCCCCCAGCGAUAUAUAUGGCUUCUCCAAGCGAAAUAAGGACCAUUAUUGUAUCUCCAUUUUGCUGGAAGAUUCAAUCAUCGUGUAAACCUUCUUUUCUCUGAAAUGCAAUGAUUUUGUGCC